AAAUAAAUAAUAAAUUUAUAAAAAAAAAAAAAAAGAAAACUUUGACGUUUGGGACACUUUGGGUAGACACGGGGAGUGAAUCUUCCAGCUUCUGAGACAGGUGCACAACAGGCCAGACUGGGAUGGAUCUUCUCUUGAAGAGCCCUGUAAGCAAGCCAGCCAGCAGCCGGGGGCCCCGAGGGCAGGCCCCUGGGGCCAUGUCAAUCCUGCUUCAGCUUCAUUCUGGGGCUCGUACCCAGAGCAGAAGUCCUCAAAAUGUGAAACACAGACCAGUUCUGUGAAAAUCACCUGGGACGUGUUUAUGAAAACCACCAGUCCUCCUCUGCACCCUCCGCCCACGAAUCAGCAGCCGGUGCCAGAGAUCUGCAUCUGUUUCUAAAAAGCACCUCCCAGGGCUGAAACAAACAUUGUAAAUCUGGAGGCUUAUAAAACUCCCCGUGUCUCAGAAACCCAGGGCGAGCAAUCACAAAUCCCCCACCACCUUGCCCCAUCUUGAAUCACGCUCCCCCCAGAACACAGCGUGCCGGCCAGCCCAGGGAACGGGGUGCAGACAUGAUUGCUUCUACCUUAUUAAGAGCUGAGCAGCCUUUCCUGGGCCCCAUGCUUCAUUAGCACGUUGGUGGUGUUGCUUCCUGUGGCUGACUCUCUGUUUCCAUUCUGGCAAAGUGUUUGUUCUCUUAUCUCUGCUUUGGGGGGGUGGGGGAAGAUGAGCUUCUCACGGAGCCUGUCUCGGCCUUCUCGGCGGUUUCCCCGUCAGUGCCCCUCACAUCCCCCUCACAAGGCAGAGAACCUGGCUUCCCCCUGAGCCUCGCUGCGGAGCACCACACCCAGAGGAGCUCGCCCCUCCUGCAGUCGGCAUCGCAGCUACAUCCAGGAGUCAGCAAUUUAGGAAGAGCCAGGGAAAGCGGCAGACGGGCUGGCAAACAGAUGACGAUUAAGAGAAGGCUUAGAAGGAGGAGCUGAAGCCAGAGACAGCCCUGGGACAAUGGAUGUCACCAUACCGACCCGCUCAGAAAUCAGAGGGAAGACCUCACAGCCCAGCACUCUGCAGGGAACCCUCGGCAGCCCAGACACAGCUAAAGACCACAACAGCAGCAUCUUUUCUGGGUUUGCGGGACUCCUUGCCAUCCUCCUGGUUGUCGCAGUUUUCUGCAUCCUGUGGAAGUGGAGCAAAUGGAAGAAGCGGCGAGUUCCUUACUUCCAAGUUACCGUCAUGCCCUUGCUGACUCUGCCUCGACCCAGACAAGUAGCCAAAAAUAUUUAUGACCUCUUGCCCCGAAGACAAGAAGAGCUGGGAAGACAUCCGUCAAGAAGUAUUCGUAUUUUCAGUACCGAGAGCCUCCUCUCCAGAAAUUCUGACAGCCCUCCCUCUGAGCAUGUGCCCUCCCAAGCACGUGAUGCCCUCCAUGUGCACAGAGCCCAUACCCAUGCCAUGGGGUAUGCAGUGGGCAUCUAUGACAAUACCAUGGGGCCCCAGAUGUAUGGAAACCUCACUCCCUCAGCGCACUAUGUCAAUGUCAGAGCUUCAAGAGAUUGCCCAAGCACUUCUUCAGAGGAUUCAAGAGAUUAUGUCAAUAUCCCCACAGCAAAGGAGAUUGCUGAGACUUUAGCUUCUACCAACAGCCCUCCUGGGAACCUCUUCAUCCUCCCAAGUACCAAGGUGCUGGAGUUGACUGAAGAAAUAGAUGAGGGCUGUGGGAACGCCAGUGACUGCACCAGUCUGGGGUCUCCAGGAACUGAGAGCAGUUAUCCACUCAACGACGGGGAAGGGUCUUCUCAGACCUCAGAUGAUUAUGUCAACAUGGCAGUGUUGGAUCUCGAGACCAUCCAAGGGAAGCAGCCCUGGGGAACUUUUCAGUGCUGCAGAGAUUAUGAAAAUGUACCACCAGAUCCCAGUGGAAGCCAGCAGCGGGAGGAGAAGGAAGCGACAUCCUCAAACACGGACCAUGUAGAGGGCAGGGCAGAUGGCCCAGAGACCCACAUCCAACCUGUCGCGCAGUCAGGGGGUUUCCUGGCCCUGAAGGACUAUGUGGCCUGUCAGCCCUCUGCACGGAGUGAGGGCAGCUGGAUGAAGCACGCAGAGAUGUCAAAUGAAGGCUCUCAUGCCUACAAGAGUGUGGGAGCUGCCAAGGUAGGAGGCAGGGACUUCGAGCAGGGGCCUGACACAUGGCUCCUUCCUGAUGAAUUAAGACCCAGCCACCCAGCUGGAAAGUCACGUGGAGUGGGCUGUCCUGCCGGAUCCAUAGCCAUUACAGGGUCUAGUGAAGACCCUUGACCACCCUUGUAUUUCAGUGGAUUCGUUUGGUUACGCUAAAGAGAAGCUGAAAUGAGUAGGGAGCUAAGAGGCUCACAAAAGCAGAGGUUUGAGGAAGUCAGAAAGAAAUUCUUCUCAGGCAGUGUGCGGUUAUCUCUCAUACCAACUUAAGAAUGCUGAAACUGCCUUACAGGUCUGUGAGGAGGUUAAAAAUGGAAGAGUGCUUUAGUACACAGUGGAAACAUGAAGUAGUCUAAAAUCAUUACCUUCACUAAUACCAGCAGGCUGCAAAGCAGGAAUACAGAUUAUUUGGUAAUCCAGGCAGAGGCCAAAAGGAACAAGGAAGUUGGGCUGGGGUGGGGGGACAGUUUCUGCUCUAAAAUGAGUGUGGACAACCAAACGCUGGAGAAAAUGCAGAACAACAGGAACUCUCGCUCAUUGCUGAAGGGAUUGCAAGGCAUAACAUUCACUCUGGAAAACUGUUUGGCAGAUUUUUUUGUUUGUCUUUUUUUUUGCGGUACGCGGGCCUCUCACUGUUGUGGCCUCUCCCGUUGCGGAGCACAGGCUCCGGACGCACAGGCUCAGUGGCCAUGGCUCACGGGCCCAGCUGCUACGCGGCAUGUGGGAUCCUCCCGGACUGGGGCACGAACCCGCGUCCCCUGCAUCGGCAGGCGGACUCCCAGCCACUGCGCCACCAGGGAAGCCCGUUUGGCAGUUUCUUAUAAACAUAAACCUAUUAUACAGCCCAGUCAUUCCACCAUUAGGUAUUUAUCCAAGUGUGAAAUUUGUAUUCACAAAAAAACCCAUACAUGACUGUUUAUAGCAGCUUUAUCCAUAAUUGCCAAAACCUAGAAAUAACCCAAAUGUCUUUCAACAGGUGAAUGGAUAAACAAGUGUCCUAUGUCCACACGAUGAGUUUAUCCACACUCAGCAGUAAAAAGGAGUGAAGUAGGUUCAUGCAACAACAUGGACAAAUAUUAAACGUAUUUUGCUAAGUGAUAGAAGCUAGACCUAAAAAUCUACAUAUUGUAUGGUUUCAUUUAUAUGACAUUCUGAAAAAGGCAGAACUAUAGGGGUGGAAAACAGAUCAGUGGUUGGCAGGUUUGGGGAGAGGGAAUGGGUUUACGACAAAGGAGCUGUACAAGGGAAUUUUUAGGAUAAUUGUUCUGUAUUGUACUAUGGUGAUGGAUACAUGACUGUAUUCAUUUGUCAAAACACACACACA